GUUCUCAAGGCUCUCACGCACACUCUGCUUCGACUGCUGAGAAGAAGAAGAAGAGGAAGAAGAGCAUGGAGAAGGCCAAGCGCUUCGUCUUGUUGCUGGCGGCGGUUAUGGCGGUGCGGGUGGUUUCGGGCCAGAUCACGACGGCGUGCACGGCGGCGCUGAUCACCAGCUUCACCCCGUGCCUCAACUACAUAACGGGCAGCACCAACGGCGGCGGGUCGCCGACGGAGGACUGUUGCAAGGCGCUGGGCGCCGUGGUCAGCAGCAGCAAAGACUGCGCCUGCCUCAUACUCACCGGGAACGUGCCCUUCAGCCUCCCCAUCAACCGGACGCUGUCCAUCUCGCUACCCAGGAUGUGCGAUUCCAUGUCGGUGCCCCUCGAAUGCACAGGCACAUCUGCGACACUUCCAACUCCAGGUUCUCCUGUUGCUAACGGGCCUUCGCUUCCACCGCUACCUCCAUUUUUACCGGCACCACCGCCGCCGCCACCACAAGUAGCUCCUCCACCAGCAGCUUCACCAGUCUCCACCGGCACUCCGGCAGACCAAGGGUUAAACGAGGGCCAACGUCCACUGCUGCUGCCGAGUUCAGCUAUCAAGCUUACUCAUCGUGCCUUUUCGAUAGCUGUAGUCACUCUGCCUCUGCUUGGAACCAUGUUGCUCUAGUAGGCCCCUUUGUUUUUGUUUUGUUUCGCUGCAGACGGUGGAAAUUUGAUGUUCUUUGAUACAUGAAUUCUUCUAUGUAAUCGUUGCAAGAGUUCGAAAUGCGACCAUAUUAUUUGUUGUUCAUUC